GGUGCAGCCGCUGACCAUUCAGACGCCGGCCGUGUCUUUGUUGUCUUAUUGUUUGUUUUCUUGCGGUAAAUUGUAUAAUAAGUUGAUUUAUAUUUGUUGUCACACAAGCUUAUUGACUAGGUAGCUUAUUAUACCAUUCUACUUCAUAAGAGUUUGACAUCAAGCUUCUUUAUUCAAUCGAGUCGAAAAGUAUCGAAGGAGUAACUUGAUUCAAUGGCGUUCCAAGACUUUCUUUCUUCAUGCGGUUUGAAAGAUGUUAGUCGUGUUUUUACGAUAUUGGACAGAGAAGAGCUAGAUGAUAUAGCAGUACUAAGGAGGUGCUCUGAAGAUGAUCUGUUGAAAUGUGGUUUGAAAAUGGGAGAAGUGAAAAAGAUAAAAUGGAAACUGGAAGAGAUUGUUGUCCCAGCAAGUGAGGGAGAACUAAUGGUGUCCUUGCCAAAAGAACCACCAUCUUGUGGCAGUUUCUCUGUACCUGGUAUCGUCUGUUUUUCUAAUACCAGCAAAUUUGAGACACCAGGCAGGAUUUAUAGCAGUGAGCUGAGAGAUGCUUCACCUGAAGAUCUGUUAUCCAAGAAAGGGCAAAGAGAGAAAGGAACAAGAAGCCAAAAGCUUUUUGUGAGGCUCCUAAGAGAUUGUGCAAAUAGUGCUGGAUUAUGGAGAGACCCGCCAGAACUAUCAACCAUCCCACAGGAUAAAUGGAAUUUAUUUUUUAAUGAGAUUGACACUGCGGCCCCUUGCCUUGCUAGCCACCAUUCAGAAGUAAGACAGAGGUUGGGGCAGAUGCUGGUAAACCGGCGCAAAUAUCAGCGAGAUCUCAAUACUGGGAAAAGAAAGCUCAAACAAAGAGGGAUGACCGAAAAUCAGACAACAGACUGAUUGCGCGCGGCCUUCUGCCGUAAAUCUGCAAUGCUUGACUUCCGGUGUAAAUCUAACAAAAAUGGGGGAAGAGAGUUCGGAGUCUUGCACGAACAAGCCUCGACCCCAGGGAGUGCUACUGAGCAUGCGCUCGGGCACGCGUAGUACGAGUCACGUGUGUAGGCAGGGUACGUGAAUGGCGCGAAACUCAAGGAAUCGGCGCUUGGCUUGCAUGACGGGUAUUUCUCAUCCGAUGUGGUCGCUGGGACGAGGAAUCCCCGCUGGUUUGGUCCUUCGAGCCGUCUGCUUUUAGCUCGUCUGUUUUGGAACCAGAUCUGAAAAAGAUUGAUUAAUUGAAGGAUGGAAUUCACCAUCUUCAAACAGCGUUGAAUAAAAAAUUAUAGAAAUUUACGGAAUUGACAUGCCCUAAUCUUGGCACCGGAGAUUACAAUCUAUCGUGUACAAUCUUGUCUGGUGCCAAAAAUAAUUUCCUUCUCUUGUGAGUUGCUCAAAUUGAGCGCGACGACAUCUAGGCAUACUGUUACCAAUCUUACAUAACUUCAGAGGUACACCUAUUUAGCAUCGACCAUUUGAUAUCUAACGGGUAAAAAAAGGAAAAUAAAAGUUCUGGGAAAAUUUAUAGGAAAAAUUUGGAUAAGCAAAUCACGGCUGAAGGCUUAGAGAAAUUCAA